CCCAUGUGGCCACUGGACUAGUCAUCCUCUUAUCUCGCCCUCAACUCUACCAGGGCUGGGCGUCCCCCGCCCUCUUCCUUCGCCGUCGGCUUCUCUGUUGGGUGAUCGGUGAUCGGUGAUCGAGUAACUAGAAACCUCCCCUCGUCAUUGCUCUCGCUUUCGGCCGCCUUAGCCCAAGCAGGUCGCGCAGAAACGACAGAGCGUCUUGCUUCUUUUCUCUCUAUCCUCCUUGAAACUCCGCCUAUUUCAACCCCUCCAGACUCAUGGCGAGGGAGACUCCCGCGCCCGAAUCCACCAUCCCUCGUCUCCUUCGGCUCCACGCCGCCAACGACUCGUCCCUCGCGACCUCCUCAUUGCCCACGCCCUUCAAGCUCGACGAGGGCUACUCCGAUGAGACCGGGAGUCAAGCGGACAAGGACUUCCUUCUCAGAUCGCCCACGAACGAUGUGAUGAAUCUCCCGGAAUGGCUCCUAGCUACGAGGGAGGCGGAGAGAGCUGACUUUGCCUAUAGCUUGCUACGAUCUCUAAGUACCUCUACCGUAGCCGCUGUGGUUGACCGACUCGCGCCUCUACUACACAUGGACCCCGUUCUCAAGCUCCCGCCCGAAAUCACCUCCGAGAUAUUCUCCUACCUAGACCCGCAAACGCUAGCGACCGCUUCGUUGGCAUCUCGCGCCUGGCGUAAUCGCAUCUCUGACUCGCGCCUAUGGCGAUACCUCUACAUCCAAGAAGGCUGGCGUGUUGACGUCGACGCCGUGCGCCGGUUUGAAGAGGAGCAUUCCGGGCUGCUGUCCCCACAGAGUCGUAAAUCUCGAUCAAGAUAUGCGGACGCCGAUCUAGGAGAACCGAAGCAAAAAAAGCGGGUGCCACCAAGCUGGCUGGACUCUCGGGAACACGGAUCUUUGGAGGAUGCCCACGAAAUUACGCCGACAAAUGGACAGCAGGCUCCCGUGGACGCCGACCCCGAAGGGGAUCAUCUCAUGAGCGAUGCCUCAAACCAGCGGAGCAGGUCGGAUUCCGGGAGGCAAACGUUGGUAGGCUGUGGUAGUAGCCACGGGUCUGCCUCGGCCGGUCAGAUUCCCGUGUCCGCCAGGAUUUCCCCAACUUCCUCUCUCUUCUUCAGGAUGCCUAACGGGUCCGUGAAGCUCAACUGGAUUCACCUGUACGCGCAACGCCGUCGGUUGGAAGAGCGAUGGAACAAAGGCUGUUACAGUACAUUCCAGCUUCCACACCCGUCUCACAUGGAUGAAUGCCACCAGGAGUGUGUGUAUUCGAUUCAGUUCUGGGGCAAAUGGCUGGUCAGCGGAAGUCGAGAUAGAACCGUGCGGGUAUGGAACCUAGAUACCAAAAGGCUAUGUCAUCCUCCCCUAGUGGGCCACACGAAAUCAGUGCUGUGUUUGCAGUUCGACCCUCGUCCGUCCGAGGACAUCAUCAUCUCCGGGAGUAGCGACAAGAGUGUUAUCAUUUGGCGAUUUUCGACAGGCGAGAAGAUCCAUCAGAUUGUCAACGCUCACGAUGACUCCGUUCUAAAUCUGCGGUACGACUCGCGGUAUCUGGUCACCUGCUCCAAGGACAAUCUGAUCAAAGUCUGGAGCCGACACCAGCUGACGCCGGCCGAUCAAGAAUACCCAAGAAUCCACCAUGGCGCUGGAGUUAACUAUCCCUCAUAUAUCAUCGACACCGCAGAUAUGUCAUCCCCCGUCCUCGAGGCGGAGAUUGCUCGGAACCAUAAUCUGACUCUGGCACCCUACACCCUUCUCAUGUCACUGGAAGGCCAUGGCGCCGCUGUCAAUGCCAUCCAGAUCCACGAGGAUGAAAUCGUGUCCGCCUCGGGUGACCGACUGAUUAAGAUCUGGAACCUCCGCACCGGCGCCUGCGAAAAGACCGUCAUCAGCCACGAGAAGGGCAUUGCUUGCGUCCAGUCCGACAGCCGCCGCAUCAUUAGCGGGAGCAACGAUAACACCGUCCGCAUCUUCGACCACAUCUCUGGCGCAGAAGUCGCCUGUCUCCGAGGUCACCGUAAUCUCGUCCGCACCGUUCAGGCCGGGUUCGGCGAUCCCCCAGGCGCCGAAGAAACCAUGAGACUCGAGGCGUUGGCCGUCGACAACGAAUUCUGGGAUGCUCAGCGCACCGGCACGAGCGUCGGACUCGGUCCCAGCGCUUUGCGACGGUCAGGCUACCUCCAGAAUACCGCCGGAUCGCGAGACCCUCGGGACAUCAAGGCCCUGGGAGCUCGAAUCCCCCCGGGCGGAGGUGGAAGUCGGUGGGCGCGCAUCGUCUCGGGCUCCUACGACGAAACCGUCGUCAUCUGGAAGAAAGACCGUCAAGGGAAAUGGGUUGUGGGCCUGGAACUCAAACAGGCUGAUUGCGCCCAAGAAGCCUCCUCGAUGAACGCGAGCUCGACGCCCCGAAUCCGUCACCCGCGAGGCCAUCCUCUCGCUCCCCAAGAGGGAGGCCCGCCUCAUCCACCACCGAUGCAGAACCCGGCAGCCCACGGGCCUCAUCUUAACCCAUUCGCCCCGCCCUUCCUGCCUCUCAACAACGGCCAUCCUGCUCGACCUAUGCGAGCCGUGCCCACCUCUCGCGUCUACAAACUCCAGUUCGACUGCCGAAAGAUCAUUUGCUCCAGCCACGACCCUCGAAUCGUGGGGUGGGACUUUGUAGGGGACGAUCCCGAACUUAACGAAGCGUGCCAUUUUUUCAGCAGUUUAUGAAUUGAUUCCCUGGAUUUGGUUUAUUCCCUUGCUAGACUCUAUUUCUCGGCCUGUGUCUUUCUCCUGUCUGUCUCCGAUCUGUAUUUGGAAUCUUUCUCAUGUGCAAAUGCAUGGUGUCGAUCAAACACCUGGUUAUAUCUUCCCUCCCUUUCCGUCGAGUUGCAUCCACCCACUACUCUCUCGCUUGUCUUUUCUGAGCCGGUCAUUCAAUACAUCCCAUUUGCUCUCGUUCUCAUCCCCUCUCUCUUUCGCUUCUACUAUCUCGGGCUCGUUAGUCUAUUUUGCCCGGCUUCUUGCCGUCAUACUUGGGGUCAUGGUCAUUUUAUAGGAGUUAUGGAAAUCCAUCCCACCCAGAAAAGUCAUAUUUUGCAGAUCUGUGUUGGACUGGAUCUUUGCGAUUCAUAAGGUCUAUAUUUUUCUUCUGAAUUACUUCCCAGCGACGGUGGCAUCAAGAGCAAUGGAGUUCACUGGUUUCAGGUCCUCGC